GGAGAUAAUACACACUCAUCAUCAUGAAGGGUGGUACAAUCUAUACAUACAACAAUACAACCACCACUAUGCCGCCGGGAAAGAAAAGAUGGAGUUGGCUUGUAAUCGCAGUUUUAGGCCUUGUUUUACUCUCAAUGCUUGUUCCUCUUGCUUUCUUACUCGGUCUUCAUAACGGAUUUCACUCAGGGUAUGCUACUGAGCGAAGGAGUUCUGCUUCAUCAAGAAAUGAUGCUACUUUAGAUGAUUCACCGUCAGUUAAAGGAGGGCUAUCAUCACGUGUAGAUGGACUUUUGAAAAAUCUCGGACCGACUCUUCCAAAGGGUUUUGUAAGGGAUUCUGUCAAGGAAGCUGAAAACAAAACUACUGGUUUUGUUGUGCCUAAACCAGUAAUAAAGCCACCCCCUAGUUCCCCACCUGAAGACUUUAAAGCUCUUCAAGUCAUUGUUGAGAGUGAUAAAAUGUGUGAAUUAAAAUUUGGAAGCUAUUGCUUAUGGCGUCGACAACAUAGGGAAAAAAUGAAAGAUUAUUUAGUGAGAAAAAUGAAAGACCAGCUUUACGUGGCUCGGGCAUACUAUCCCAGUAUUGCAAAGGUUCCCCACCUUGACCAAUUUACGCAAGAAAUGAAGCAAAAUAUACAAGAAUUUGAGCGAAUCCUCAGCGAAAGUUCCUCCGAUCCAGAUCUUCCUCCCCAGGUCGAGAAGAAGUUGCAAAAGAUGGAAGCUACAAUUGCCAAAGCAAAAUUAGCUAUAGUUGAGUGUAACAAUGUUGACAAAAAAUUAAGACAGUUGGUUGAUCUUACAGAAGAUGAAGCCAACUUCCAUAUGAAGCAGAGUGCUUUUCUUUACCAACUUGCAGUCCAAACUACCCCAAAGAGUCUCCAUUGCCUGUCAAUGCGACUAACUGUCGAGUAUUUUAAAGCUACUCCUAUUGAUGCUGAUCAGUCAGAGAGUUUUUUGAAUCCGAACCUGCAUCACUAUGUUAUGUUUUCCAGCAACGUUCUUGCGUCUUCUGUAGUAAUCAAUUCGACUGUAAUGAAUGCAAGAGCCAGUAGGAAGCAGGUGUUUCAUGUAUUGACAGAUAAGCAGAGUUUCUUUUCCAUGAAAAUGUGGUUCUAUACCAAUUCUUACAAAGAUGCGACAGUUCAAGUGUUGAACAUUGAAGAUCUCAACAUAGAAGGCCAUCUGUUUUCUCAUUUGUCAAUGCCCCAAGAAUUACGUGUCUCUUUUCUAUCUGCUUCUGAAAGUAGAACUGAAUACAUCUCAGUGUUUUCUCAUUGGCACUAUGCACUUCCUAUGAUAUUCCCAACGUUGAAGAAAAUUGUUGUUCUUGAUGAUGACAUUGUUGUCCAGCGUGAUUUGUCAGAGUUGUGGAGUCUUGACAUGAAUGGGAAAGUUAUUGGUGCGUUGCAGUUGUGCACUGUGAGAUUGGGUGCACUUAAAGGUUAUAUGGGGAAGGAAAAUUAUGAUGCAAAUUCUUGUACAUGGAUGUCAGGGUUGAACAUAAUCGAUUUGGUUCGGUGGAAGGACCGAGACGUCACUAGAAAGUAUCAAAGCUUGGUGCAACAGAAACCGAGCGAAGCAACUACAAUACGAGCAGCAAUGCUCACAUUUCAAGGGUUACUUGUUGCUCUUGAUAACACGUGGGUGUUGUCUGGAUUGGGUCAUAAUUAUGGUAUUAGUAAAGAAGCUAUUAACAAAGCAGCUGUAUUACACUUCAAUGGCAACAUGAAACCCUGGCUUGAACUCGGCAUUUCACCGUAUAAAGUUCAUUGGAGAAAGUAUCUGAACCUUGAUAAUCAUUUUUUGACUGAUUGCAAUGUGAAUCCGUAAUUACUAAAAUAUGAUGUUUACAUUUCUUAAAAUGGAAGAGCAAAGUUUUUCUGGACUUGGUUUCCAGAGGGCAAGGAUCUGCAAAUGAUGAAUCUGCGUGUAUUUCUAGUAAUUUGGACUACAAUUGGUCCAAUUUCUUCAUCUGUUCAUGAUCAAGAGAUUGCAGUUGGGGUUGAAAAAAACGAAGAACUGCUUUCUACCUUUUUUUUGUUUGGUGUAAAAGUAGGUAGGCAAGUGAUUACCCUGCAUUCUUUACUUGUUUCGUUUUUCACGAUUGUUAUAGUAUUUAUUUCGCUAGAGUCUGUGUGUAUUCAUAUGUUAUUAGGGAUAUGGUGAUCAAAGGAUAGCAAAUAAUUCAGUUACUUUAGAAGAUGUAAGUUUUUCACCUUCAAGGGCUUUUAGUUAUUAUUGGUAAAGUUCAUUGUUGUAAUACACCAGGCAUAAGGUACUUAGAAACUGGAAAUUUUGGUUCAGAA